UGUAACAGGGAGGUGGCUCAAGUCUACACACUUAAAAAAAAAAAAGGCAUCUUCGGCACAAAAUAUAUAAUGGCCAAUCUAAUUUAAUGUAAAGGGUUGUUUUGUAGAAUAACUUUCUUAAUGAUCACAGUUGAAAAUAAUUGUAUUAGUUUACGCCUUACACUGUGGGGAUUCCAUCUAGGGGUUUUUCCAUUGGUGGCAUUUAUUUAGCUGGAAGGACUGUGGGCUGUGGGUUUUUGGUAGUAUGCAGAUCAAACGUCAUAGAGUUAAGCUAAUAGGAGGCGAUCCUUCAGCUUCAUAAUUACAUUUCAUGUCAGUGACUGUUGCAAAGAACUCUAGAGGUAAAAAAUAAAAUACUUAUAGCUAAAAGAGAAUUUUAUCAAAUUAAAAAUGCUGGGCGUUUGUUAGUUGAAAUAAAUCCCCAGUAAUCUUGUGCAAAAUAAUUUUUGCUGUGUUUUAUUUUUUAUAGAAAACACUUGAUAUUUAUAAUGAAAAAUUGAAAAAAAGAUCCUCAAGCAUCUGGUGGGUUUGUGUGUGUGGUUGUGGAUGUGAUUUUUAACAGAGGCAUUGAAAAUUGGAAUUCUGUAUUCUUUGUGCUAACCGGGAAGGACAAUGUCUCCCAGUGUAAACAGCAGCACCAUGAGCAGCAGCGCGUCCCCACCUGCCCCCGAGCAGCUCUGCUAUGAGAAUGUGAGCGGAUCCUGUGUCAAAUCUCCCUACUCGCCUGGACCCAGGGUGGUCCUGUACUCCGUGUUUGGCUGUGGGGCUCUGCUGGCUGUGUUUGGAAACCUCCUGGUGAUGAUUUCAGUCCUGCAUUUCAGGCAGCUACACUCUCCAACCAAUUUUCUGAUUUCCUCUUUGGCCUGCGCUGACUUUUUGGUCGGAGUGAUCGUGAUGCCCUUCAGCAUGGUCAGGUUGGUGGAGAGCUGCUGGUACUUCGGAGACAGUUUUUGUAUUUUCCACACGUGCUGUGAUGUGGCAUUUUGCUACUCUUCUCUCUUCCACUUGUGCUUUAUCUCCAUUGACAGGUACAUUGCUGUUACAGACCCUCUGGCCUAUCCUACCAAGUUUACAGUGUCUGUGUCAGGAAUAUGCAUCGGCCUCUCCUGGAUCCUGCCAAUUACGUACAGCGGUGCCGUGUUCUUUACAGGUGCCAAUGACGACGGGCUAGAGGAAUUAUCUAGUGCUCUCAACUGUGUAGGUGGUUGUCAGACAGUUGUAAAUCAGAACUGGGUGUUGAUAGAUUUUCUGUCUUUCUUUAUACCGACGCUGGUUAUGAUAAUCCUGUAUGCCAAUAUUUUCCUUGUGGCCAGACGACAGGCUGAAAAGAUUGCAACAAGAGAGUCAUCAUUGUCAUCAGAGAGUUACAAAGCCAGAGUGGCCAAGAGAGAGAGAAAAGCAGCUAAGACCUUGGGUAUCACAGUGGUCGCGUUUAUGAUUUCAUGGUUACCAUAUAGUAUUGAUUCAUUAAUCGAUGCUUAUAUGGGCUUCAUAACCCCUGCCUAUAUUUAUGAGAUUUGUUGUUGGUGUGCUUAUUAUAACUCAGCCAUGAACCCUUUGAUUUAUGCUCUCUUUUACCCGUGGUUUAGGAAAUCCAUAAAACUGAUUGUGAGUGGUCAAGUUUUAAAGGACCAUUCAGCAACCAUGAAUUUGUUUUCUGAACAAAUGUAAACAAAUUGAUUGAGAAAAUUGAAGAUAUUGCCACAAUUUCCAAAUGAAAUGACACUUUAAAAAGUUCAGUAAGAAUAUUAAAAAACGAGAAAAUGAAUUGCUCUUCAAAUGAGAUAUAAUAAAUCAGUAUUUUCAGACUUGCUAAGGUGUGCAGACCUCAGUCAUUUCUCCAAACGUAUUUACUAGAUGAAUAAAUAUUAAAUUCCUAUUUGUUAACUGCCUCAGAGCUCAGCAUACCCCACUCUCUGCAGAUA